GGUUUCCUUGCCUUGCUCGAAGGCUGGCCACCGGCCACGCACCCACCGGUGCGGCCCCAUAUGCCACUUGCAUAUGGGCAAAGGGCGCCGCCCUUGAAGAAGAAGAAGAAGAAGAAGAAGAAGAAGAAGAAGAAGAAGAAGAAGAAGAAGAAGAAGAAGAAGAAGAAGAAGAAGAAGAAGAAGAAGAAGAAGAAGAAGAAGAAGAAGAAGAAGAAGAAGAAGAAAAACGCUCAUACGACCGGUGAGGGGCCUUGCGCGCCACGCCCGCCCAUGGGGCAUGCUGAUUGAACACUUCGUUAUUCAUUUCCGUG